AUGCCGUUCAAGCUCUUCCCCCUGAUUCGGGGAGAACCCGGCCCUCCGCCUGACGGCGGCGUCUCGGCCUGGCUCCAGAUCCUCGCCAGCCACCUCAUCAACGCCCUGUCGUGGGGGUACUCGGCCUCGUUUGGCGUCUACCAGCUCCACUACACCACGACGCUGUCGCUGCCCGAGUCGCAGGUCGCUUGGAUUGGUUCCGUGCAGGUCUUCCUCACCUUCUUCCUCGGCGCCUUCGCCGGCCGCGCCGCCGACGCUGGCCUCGCCUGGCACGCGGCCGUCCUAGGCUGCCUGCUCGUCGUUCUCGGCACCUUUACCACGAGCCUGGCCACCGAGUACUGGCAAAUAUUCCUCGCCCAGGGCCUCUGCAUCGGCCUCGGCAUGGGCGCCUGCUACGUGCCCUCCAUGGCCGUCGUUGGCUCCUACUGGCAGCAGCACAAGGCCUUUGCCAUUGGCCUGGCCGCCUCGGGGAGCGGCACGGGUAGCAUCCUCUUCACCCUCGUCAUCCAGCAUCUCCAGCCGACCAUUGGCUUCGCGAGCGCGGUCCGCGUCCAGGGCUACAUUUCCCUGGUCUUUGCAGUCGUCGUCGUCGUCGUCUUUCGCCCGCGUCUUCCGCCGCGCAAGGCCGGACCAAUCGUCGAGUGGAAGGCCUUUACCGAGCCCACCUACGUCCUCUUCACAAUCGGCGUCGUCCUCAUCUUCGCCGCCGUCUACUUUUGCUUCUUCUUCAUAAACACAUAUGCCACCUUACGCGUAGGCCUCUCCCCGGAGGCAGCUGCCAACCUGCUGGUCAUCAUCAGCGCCAUCGGCAUCCCGGUGCGGCCCCUGCUUGGAUACCUUGCCGAUAGAUACUUUGGCUCGCUGCUCACCUUGAUUGUGUCGACCGUCUUCCUCGCUAUAAUGCUGUUUGUCUGGAUUGCCGUGCGCACCGAGAGCGGUCUCUAUGUGUAUUCUGCCUUUUACGGAGUUGCCACCGGCGCAGUGCAAGGAAUGUUUGUAAGCGGACUCGCGUCACUGACGGUCGACUUGAGCAAGCUAGGUGUUCGCUUUGGCAUGGUGGACAGCCUGAUAGCAUUUGCGUCCUUGGCAGGACCGCCGCUGGCGGGUGCUCUCAUCCAAAUCGACAACGGAGGCUAUCUCAAGGCGCAAAUAUGGGCGGGCGUGGUGACCAUGUGCGCCAGUUUCUUCAUCUGCGGCGCCAAAUGGACUCAAGUCAAGUCCAACGCCUCUCGAUCGAGAGCCAGGGAGAGAGAGGCAACACCCAACAGCUUGGAGGCUGUUCGGGUGGAAGGAUGA